GAUAAAGAUUUAUAUUGGACAGAGUUUUGCCGACAAACAGAAACAGACAGACAAACAGAGAUCAGAAUUUACAAACAAGAAUCUGAGCAUCACACCUGAAGUCACCGAUCACAGUGUCCAGCAUAAGGAAAGCAGUAAUGUUUCUACCAUUCAGCGUUGAUUCAGCCCCCAUGACAAACCAGCAGAAUCAGUGGACCCCAGGACCUUCGUUCUCCUCGUACCACUACACUUACAACACCAAACCAAAUGCAGGCUACAGCAAUCAGUCGUCCCUGUGGCCCUGGCCAUGCACUCAAUUGAAGGUUCAAAGCCACCUGGAGAACUCCAAGUACAACCUUCACCAGGCCCACCAAGUCAAACAAUAUUUGACUUUGGGCAACAAGCACGCCAGCCAGGCCCACCAGGUCGCCCACCCUCACCCGGGCCAAGCCCUGGGCACAGUGCCCGUCAUGCGCAAUGGACACAUGCCACCCAUGACCGACGGCAGCACGCCGGGGAGUCCCGUCACCCUGCUCACGCUGGCUAACAAUCACGAAAGCGAGUUUCCAAUGGAUGAAGUUAUUGAUGAUCUCAUUAGCUUUGAAAGCGGAUUCAAAGAUGGGGGUUUGGAUUGCAUGGAGCCAGGCAUCAUGAUGCAAAACAACGUGUCCCUGGACAGCAGCAUUCUGGAGAUGUACGGCGGUGACCAAGGUAUGACCGCCUCUCACGCUGGGCUGACAACCCCCUCAUGCCCCACAAAGAUCUCAAUUAAAAGUGAAUUCAAAGAACCUGAUACAAGAGUCAUGGCCAAAGAAAGACAGAAAAAAGACAAUCAUAACCUAAUUGAAAGACGGCGACGAUACAACAUCAACUACAGAAUCAAGGAGCUUGGAACGCUGAUUCCCAAAUCAAAUGAUCCUGAUAUGCGCUGGAACAAAGGGACGAUUCUCAAGGCCUCGGUGGAAUACAUUAAGUGGCUACAAAAAGAACAGCAGCACGCCCGCGAUCUGGAGAGCCGACAGAAGAAACUGGAACAGGCCAACAGAAGACUUCUGCUACGAAUCCAGGAACUCGAGAUCCAGGCUCGUGCCCACGGCCUGCCCAGUAUGGCCACUUCAAUGGGAGCUGUGGAGGUUUCACCUCAUCUCCUAAAGCAGCACCAGACCCAAGUGACCAUCCAGGCGCCCACUCAGCCCGCUCCGCCACCCCUUUACCCUCAGGAUGACCUAAGCAACCCUGAAUACGUCCAGCGGGCACAAUUGGUCGUUGGAAACGGCGGAGAACCGAACGACGGCUCCACCACCUUCUCCGCCCCUCUGUCUCAUUUCACCGACUUCUUCAGCAGCAGCCUAAAAGAAGAACAACGACUAGAUGAGAUUCUGAUGGACGGCUCUCUAUCGCCUUUCGGCACAGACCCGCUUCUGUCCGCUGGGUCGCCCUCCGUGUCCAAAGAGAGCAGCCGAAGAAGCAGUUUCAGCUCAGAGGAGGCAGACGAACUCUGACCGUCCGUAGACGACCUCGUAUGUUUUUAAUGAAGUGUAACUGACCUCCCGUUUUCCAUUGGAUUACAGAGAUGAUGGACGACACGGCCAUCUUAUGCCAAUGUUGAGUCAGACACAUCAAAAAAGGGAGAUUGACUGAUCUACUGACAUUGAUCUACUGUACAGCCAGUUGAAGUGUAUGCAGACAAAAAAAAACACUGGUUACAUACAUACACUGGAUUAUUAAAUGUAUAUUUCUAAAAAAACAAAUGGCAUUGUUAAUAUGGACCAGUUAGGGAUCUUUUGUGCCUUAUCUUACGCUGGCUAACUUUUAUACUUUUGACACUGGACGCAAUGCAAAUUUUAUUUUACCUAACAUUUUUCUAUGUUUUUAAUACAUAAUGUAUUUUUCCAGAAACAUAUUCGCUCAUGUAUUUAUGUUUGUAAUCCCUGCAUUUUGUACAAUAAAAAAUAAAUACAAAAAUGACAACGUUACCAAAUCUUAAAGAACAAGUUACCGAAUACCCUAAUAAGUCCCUUGGGGUCAAUCUUACCCCCAAGCCACUUUUAUUUAUUUAAAAAACAUGGUUCCCUUCAUCUCAGUGGAAUAAGAUUUGUGACUUUUCCAGAUUAUCUGUCAAGAUUCAUAUAAAAAACUGGG